AUGGAAAAUCAGAAGAGAAAAAUGGGGAGAAAUAGGCACAAAGGCAGCAGCAAAAAGGAGGGCUGCAGGGCAGCAGCGCAGCAGCAGCAGCAGCAGCAGGAGCUGCUGCAGCAGCAGCAGCAGCAGCAGCAGCAGCAGGAGCUGCUGCAGCUGCAGCAGCAGCAGCAGCAGCAGCAAAAAGCUCACUUCGUGCCACAGCUUUCGGAUGCGGGAGAUGGGUCUGCCGAGGAUGUCGACGGAGAGGAGCAUUUGGAGCCACUGCUGCUGCAGCUGCUGCUGGUAGUGCUGCAGCAGCAGCAGCAGCACAUGCCGCAGCUGCAGCUGCCGCUGCCGCAGCAGAAAAGCAGAAAAACUAAAAAGAGCUCCUUCAAGAGAAAGGACUCUGUAGAGUCUGGAGACAGACAAAUGUGCGGAGCACUCUCCCACCCACAGCAGCUCCACGUGCACUUCCAGCUGCUGCUGCUGCUGCUGCUGCUGCUGCUGCUGCUGCUGCUGCUGUGGGGCCCCGCUGCUGCUGCUGCUGAAGCGCGGCACGGCGAGGCACAGCCAGCGGGACAGCGUGGCCUCCGCCUCCGCUGCUGCCGCUGCUGCUGCGCCCGGGCCGCCCGCGACGCGCGCUGCUGCUGCUGCUGCUGCUGCUGCUGCUGCUGCUGCUGCUGGCUCCGAGAAAGACAGCAGCGUCGGCGGCAGCAGCAAAGACAAAAAUGUAAAAUCAAAACUCGCCACGGGACUCACUGUCAAGACAGCCUGCUGCACCCGACGCACGUUGCUGCCCAGAGACAGCCAAACGGCCCUCUCAGCAGCAGCGCAGCGCCGCCAGCUGCUGCUGCUGCUGCUGCUGCUGCAGCUGCUGCUGCUGCUGCUGCAGCUGCUGCUGCAGCUGCUGCUGCUAGUGUCGCUCGUGGUGCUGCUGCCGCCAGUCGCAGUGCUGCGCGCGGUGCACAUGUCGCAGCAGCAGCGACACACAGCGCUCCUGCUGCUGCUGCUGCUGCAGCUGCUGCUGCUGCUGCUGCUGCUGCUGCUGCGUUGUCUCUUUUUGGAGACAGCAAUAUCAACGAGGAAAUAAACUGCAGCAGGAAAGUACCCUACGGGGUCCUCAGCAGGAAGAGCUGUGGGGCCCCCCGAGGCGUAUCUGAAGGCGACCGGCGCUGCUGCUGCUGCUGCUGCUGCGCUGCUGCUGCCUGCGGCCGCUGCUGCUGCUGCUGCAGCAGGAGAAGCCUUAAAGACAUGGUAACUUUUCCCUUCAGCAGCAUUAUAAACAAAACAAUCAACUCUAUUAAUUGUCAGCAUGAAGCGUUCAGCAGCAGCAGGCAGGGGCCGCAGGGGCCCCUGCAGCAGCGCGGGCCCCCCAAAGGCUGCAGCGGCAGCAGCAGCAGCAGCGCCGCUGCUGCUGCUGCUGCUGCUGUCAGCUGCUGCUGCUGCAGCAAACCACGAAGCAGACAAAGAGGACGGAGACCCCUGCGGGCCCUCACGGGGAGACAGGAGAAACACGUCUGCAGAGGAGACACAAGCAGCAGCACAGCAACCGUAGGACAAUUUGUGGCUGCUGCUACUCUUGCUGCUGCUGCUGCUGCUGUUGCUGCUGUUGCUGCUGUUGCUGCUGUUGCUGCUGCGGCAAACGCUAGCUUCUGCCUUCUAAGGUCGCUUGACUUCGUCUUCAUUAGUUUCUGUGUGUCCCUAAAAGCCCCUUCAUGCCCCGCUGCUGCUGCUGCAGUUGCUGCUGCCGUUGCUGCUGCUGCUGCUGCUGCUAAAAAGUGUCUUUUUUAUGUCUACGUGGGGCUGCAGCUCUGCUGCUGCUGCGUCUCUGGUGCUGCUGCUACUGCAGCUCUCACCUCUGCUGCUCUCGGCAAAGUAUUUGCUGCAGGUCACUCCAGACAAGAACAAACGGAGGGGGUGCUGCUGCUGCUGCUGCUGCUGCUGCUGCUGCUGCAGGUCUUCCACUGUGGCGCUGCUGCGCCUGCGGCUGCCCCUCAAAUGUUCAUGCUGCGCUGCUGCUGCUGCUGCUGCUGCAGUGCUGCUGCUGGGUGCCGCAGCCACAGAGACAAUGAUGCGGUGUAUGUACAGUGA